UAGAAGAGUCAGCAAUGAUGGGAGUAAGUGGUUAUGUGGAGUAUCUCCGAGAACAGGAAGUAUCUGAGCGGUGGUUCCGGUACAACCCCCGUCUCACUUGUAUCUAUUGUGCCAAAUCUUUCAAUCAAAAGGGGAGUCUGGACCGCCACAUGCGCUUGCAUAUGGGGAUCACACCAUUUGUCUGCCGCAUGUGUGGCAAGAAGUAUACUCGUAAAGAUCAGCUAGAGUAUCAUAUCCGCAAGCACACAGGCAAUAAGCCCUUUCACUGUCAUGUUUGUGGCAAAAGUUUCCCCUUCCAGGCCAUCUUGAAUCAGCACUUUCGCAAAAACCACCCUGGCUGUAUACCUCUGGAGGGGCCACACAGCAUCUCUCCUGAAACAACUGUUACAUCUCGAGGACAAGCUGAAGAAGGGUCACCUUCACAGGAAGAGACGGUUGCUCCUGGAGAAACCACCCAGGGCUCUGUGUCCACCACUGGGCCAGAUUGAAACAUUGAGGGGGAGGGGGCAAACCCUCUUCCCCUUUGGGCAGUAAGCAGCCCACAUUGGGGCCAUGGGCUGGUACUUAGAUUCAUAAAAUACCACAUCACUAAACCUGAAGAUACUCCCAAGAUGUUGCCAAACUAGAGGAUCAACAACAUACAUAAAUGCACUAAAGGAUCUUCCCUCCUCCUUCCCACCUCACACUUUGAAAAAUUAUCAAGCAAAUCAACUUUCUAAUUCAGGGAUCAACAGCCUUGGUUUGUUAACUUUAUAAGGAAAAAAACCUUUUUUUAACAAAACUGAUAAAUCGUCAUUUAUCUACCAGUCAUGUUUGAACAGUGUACUUUGGUCCAUAUCAUCUUGGCUGUUAUUGCCCAGAUCUAAAAAGUGCAACAGGAGCCUUGACCAUCUAAGCAGCCAACCACAAGAGAGGAGGUAGUCAUGAUGAGGAGGAGGAGGAAUCACUCCUUGUCCUUCCCUGCCAGACAUGCACUUUCACAUUUCAAGAAGAAAAAAACCGAAUGAAUACUGGUGGUUCUUGUUAUUCUGAAAGGUUAGACUUUAUCUUUGCCCUGACUAGGCAUCUAAUACUUUGCCUGAUUGUUUCAUGUCAUCAGCUAUCUUUUCUAGUGGGCAGCAUCACCUGAAGCACUUUAGGCAAGUAGAAGUGAAAUGAGCAGCAAAGUGUUUGCAGUAGGAACUGCUACAUUUGGGGGCUUGAGUGUUGUACUAAGUAAGGAAGAGAGGAGCAGGGAAG